UCAAACCAAAGCUGGGCCACUUUCCCAUUAAUGACAGUUGAAAGCUUUCAUUUGUGAAACACAACCAUCCCUUUCCAAUUUAUUGAUAAUGUCCAUCAAAGUCCACAUAUACGCGAUCCCUUUACUGGCCUCGGUUUUGGUGGCGGUUCUGUUAUGGGGUCGAAACAAUGAUCUUGAUGUUUAUGAAAAUCCCCUCGGCUACCAGGAAGAAGGAGACGACAGAGUUCUUCACCGUACAAAGCGUGGAAAUUUCGCGGCACGACUCAACACCAUUUAUCAGAGAUUGAGCGAUAAUGAGGAUUGUUGCAAGGACCCUCUACCUGACAUUUUGCCACAAGAUGCAAUGGACGCUUGUCAAAAUGGCAACUAUGUGCCUCAAAAGCAAAAGCAAAAACAAAAAACCAAGCAAAAGGAUAACUGGCUGUCGCGUAUAAGGAAAAACUUUCUGCCCAGCACUGCAAAGAAAGCCACUACCAAUAAUAAGAAUCAGGCCGCCAGAAAAGGUCGCCAAGCAGCGAGCACAGAGCCGCAAAAAAUUCUUCUGUCAUCAGUCUGCUACACUGAUUGCGUCUUCUCUUAUCUUGGCCUGCUCAACGAAUCAGCGCUGAUAUUGCAAAAAAUUGAGGACACGUUUAAGGCCACUAAUACGGAUCCAAAAUGGGAGAAUACAAUUUUGGAUGCACUCUACGCUUGCGAAGAACCGUCUGCUUGCGCCUCUCCAGAAACUAUUCUGGUCAAUAAAAAAUACUGGUGCAUGAAACCGACAAUUUUGAUGAACUGCAUGCGCAUCCAGCUGUCCAAAGCUUGUGCAAGAAAAAACACUGCCAAAUGUAACACGGCCCUAGCACAACUGAAGAGAACAGACGUCUUUAAAGCUCAUCGCGAUUAGUAGAAGAAUUUCAAAUUUCAACAAGAAACAAUGUGAAAUAAAUUAAUAAAUGAUUAAAA